GAGCAACCGACCAGUUGGGGUAGGGGUUGCUGAAUGAGUAGCGGGACGUACGACGUCGCGACGCACUCCGUCGCAGCCACCCCCGACGGGCGAACGGAUGUCCGAGCGCUCCGCCGCGAGGAUUACAGAACAGCCCGUAGCUGAACGCGGUUCAUCCGGACACGGGAGAGAGCCGACGACGAGUAACGAAGCGACGAAUAGCGAAUACGCAGAGAAAAAAAAAAAGAAACAAGGAACACCACAACGAACAGACGGUCGUGUGACCUUUCGACGAAUCGAAGGAAGGGAAACCGACGGGCCGCUGUAGCAAAACCACGAAACGCGUUUCGAGAAAGAAACGCUCGACGAACACGCGAUCAAUAACGAACGAGAAGCCACACGAACGGAAAAGCUAACGAAAAUGCUGUUCCCGGCUGCUGCUGUCCUCUUUGUCUCUGCACUGGCCAUGUUAUCGACUUUGUCCCUGGCCGUACCCUUGACGAGUCUGAAGAAUAAUUUGAAUGGAAACACGAUUGACACAGUGAUACCUCCAUGCUCCUCGAAUGGGGGUUGCUGGGAAUUGUUACCGGUAGAGGAAGUUCGUGAGAGCAUCCCCACACAGGAAGACCUGUCGAAAAUUCACAUACGACGAGAGGCAGUAAAUAUGGAUCCUAACACAAUUAUAGAAUCCUGGGACGACAAUGCUCCUGUAAUAGAGAAGAAAACUCAGUCGUCGUUGCACAACAGUAAACAGAGUGGUAACAGAUUGCUCAAGAAGGAUGUACUUAUGUCACGUAGCUGGGGCGCUGGCGGGAUGCCGUUUUCUGUUCUUUACAUGAGUCCCCACGGUAUUCGUGGAAAACAAGCAAGUACUGCCCAACAACAAGAAAUAUCAAAAACGAGUGCCACUUCUACAUCCUCUGCAGCCCACCCUAAUUAUCGUAUCGCACUGCGCAAUGGAGCUUCCACUCAGCCAAGAAGACAGUACUCGAUGAUACCGCAGUUGUUUAUAUCUUAUGGAUGGGGCCCAUUUGGCAAAUGAAGAGAAUUUACCGAUCGAAAUGUUACAAUACAAAUGAAAUGAUCUCAGAAGUUUGGCAUGUAGAAUUGUUCUUAGAAAUUCUUAAAUGUACCCCUAUAAAGAUCUAUUUAUGAAAAAUUUCAUUUAAAUAUAAACCCGCCUCAGACUUCUUCUCUCGUAUGCAACUUGAGAAUGUAUACAGAAACAGAA